AUUAACGAUAAAUCAAAUGCCCAAAUCCAAUUUCAUUUUAUCAUCUGGGGUAGCACAGACUAUAGCAAAAAUGAAAAUGGAAUAUAAUUUGCGUUUGAUAAAAAGAUGUAGUAGCGUCAGUAGGACUCUGGCGUCACGCUGUUUAUAUUCCAGCACCGUCCUUUAGAGGGCGCUGUUGAGACGCACGUAAAGCUCAACUGUACGUACACAAAUCUGCUUCCUGUUUACGUUUGUUGAGCACUUUCAGUGCGAGAAGAAACAGCAGACGUCGCGAACUGCACCUGGAAACAGGCUCCGCGUUAGUUUUGUUCAGAGCCGUCGCUGUCCGUGCGCCUGCAGCCGACCCUGUCUGUUAGACAGGCCGUUUCAAUGCAUUUCAGAGAAGCUUUACCGCCGCGCAGAUGGACGCUGUUGAUCUGUUUUCAAGCUGCAGGAAGGGCGACAUUGCCAGAGUGAGAUACCUGGUUGAACAGAGGGAUGUAGAACUGAACAUCAGAGAUAAGUGGGACAGCACACCUCUGUAUUAUGCAUGUCUCUGUGGACAUGAAGAGCUGGUGCAGUACCUGCUUGCCAACGGAGCAAAGUGUGAGGUGAACACGUUUGACGGCGAGCGCUGUCUGUACGGAGCGCUGAGCGACCCCAUCCGCCGCCUGCUCAAAGAGUACAAGCGCAUCACGGCGAAGGCCAUGCAGAGAGACUAUUACGACCAGUUCCUGCAGACGCUUUUGGAGCAGGGAAACUACAGCGAUGUGACGUUUAUGGUGCACGGUGAGAUGUUUAAGGCCCACCGCUGUAUCUUGAGUGCCCGAUCAGAAUACUUCGCCCACAUGCUGGAGACCAAGUGGAGGGGGAAGAGUGACAUUACCCUCAAACAUCCACUGGUCAACCCUGCUGCAUUUGGUGCAAUCAUGCAGUAUUUCUACACUGGCCGUUUGGAUAUAGAUGUGAAUUACGUGGAGGACUGCAAGCGUUUGGCGAAACAGUGCAAGAUCAGCGAGCUGAUUGAGGAGCUGGAAGUGAAGUGCAAACAGGUCUAUGAGUUUGGUGAGGAGUGUUGUGAAGCUACAUUGAAACUCAUAAUGAUUCAUGUUAAUGUUGGAUACGGUCAGCUUCCUUUCGAUCUAACUGAUAGUUUUCCGAGUUACCCUGACAUCUGCUUCCGGGUGGAGGACUAUGACUUCCUGUGUCAUAAGGCGUUUUUCUGUAGUCGUAGUGAUUAUUUUAAGGCGUUGCUGGAGGAUCAUUUCAGCGAGGGUGAAACUCUGCAGACUCAUCCCAGUAUUCCUGUCAUCACCCUUCAUGAUGUGUCUCACGAUUUGUUUACAAGAAUCCUUUACUACAUCUACAGCGAUAACACUCAGCUCUCUCAUGAGAACGUGUAUGAGGUUCUGUGUGUGGCUGACAUGUACCUGUUACCGGGUCUGAAGCGUCUGUGUGGCAGGACUCUGGCUGUGCUGCUCAACGAGGAGAACGUGCUGCACAUGUGGAAGACGGCCAAACUGUUCCGGCUCUCGCGUCUGGAGGACCAGUGCACUGAAUACAUGGCCAAGAUCAUAGAGCGGCUGGUGGAAAGGCCAGAGUUCGCUGAUAUGAUCAGAGAGGAUGCUGGGAAUGUGGCCGCCAGGCAGGAAACUGAUUCCAUCCCUCUGGUAGACGAGAUCCGUUUCCACAUCGCCAGUAACGUUCAGACGUACAGCGCCAUCGAGGAGGCCAACCAGAAACUCAGCGCCCUGGAGCUCCUGCUGGCCAGCAUCGGGCUGGAGUGCUGAGAAACACAACUAACAUGAGGUCUGGAGAGAGCACGGCGCUGGCGGAUCGAUCAAAUGCUACCAAAUGCUUUACAUGCACAGAUAAUCCAAAGUAGCAAACUAGCACCACAUUAGCAGUAACAAACUAAUAUGGUCGAAUCUAACCAAAAACAUGCAUAUAUGGAGUCGGUGUGCGUCAUCUUACAGAGGCCUGUUAUGAUGCAGUGAAGCUUCCUGUCUUCAGUUGUUUUUUUAUGAACAAAAAGAGAGACGAAAGCUUGACAUUUUGAAAUUUCACCGGUCGUGAGCUUUGUAUAUCAGAACAAGUUCUUCGUGAUAUUUGGACAUACGCUGUUCAUUCUUCCACAUGCGUCAUGACAGAUGUAGCAGAAUAUUUAACAAGCUUUAUAGGAAACUUUAAGUUAUGAGUCAAAACAAUGCUGUUACAUCACCGAAUAUGAUUUGAGCCAAUGAUUAAUCUAGGAUGAGGCCAUUCUUUAAGGAAAGAAUUAUUUAUUGACAUGCAUUUGAGAAAAGGAGUGCACUGAAAAAUAAUCUUUUUUGAGAUUUUUGGUGUUCAUGAUAGGACUGACAAUUCUAAAAAUCCUCCAAGAAUGAAUUAUGAUAGGAUUUCACUUGCGUUCUCUCUGGUGUUUGUGUGAGAGUUUGCCAUUUGUUUAAGCAAAUAGAUAAUUAUUUAUGCCUCGAAAUGUGUUCACUUACAUCUUCCAGCACUGAUAGAGAAGUUUUCCAGCUUUGCAUCCACAGACUUCAGGUAAUAUGCAUGCAAUAUUUGCAUAGAAUUACUCAAAUGAAUGAAUGAAGUACUUAAUAUUUCUCCACCUAAACAUGUUUUUCUGCAUUGCUUUGAUUUUGUUUCCUAGCCUUUUAUUGUAUUUUAUGCUGGUCUUAAAGCAUAUGCUGUGCUCAGCAGCACUUGGUGAGUUUGUGUAUGUUUGUUUCUGGAGAACAUCCCACAUGCGUUGGCAUCGCAGUUUCCUUUCAUAUGAUUUAUUGUGGGAUGCUCUGAAUGAAUGGGAUGUACAUAAGUGAGCAAAAAUAAAUAUUAU